AUGCGGCAACAGCAACAGCAAACAAUACGGCCCGACGCUGUAAGGGUCGAGCCCAAGGAAGGCAUGACUUACGUGAAGGUCAUGCAGCUGGUCAAGGAGGCGCCGACAGCGAAACAAGUCCUUGAGGGAAUCGAUGGGUCCUGGCGGUCUAGUAAGGACCACCUAAUGCUGGCUGUGAAAAGCGGCGUCAACGCGGACGAGGUAAGGGCCGCGGUGGCCAGCAUAGUCGGAGGGGUGGCCACACCAGUGACCCUCACGAUGGUCGUGCUCACCAUAAAGAGCAUCGACAUGUGCGCUGACAGGCAGGAGGUAGCUGAGGCGCUGGAGAAGGUCGCGGGUAGGGCAAUACCUGCAACGGACGUCAGCCUCCGCCGGAUGCACAACGGAUUACAGAGGGCCAGCGUCAGGGUCCCAGCCAAGGUGGUGGCUGCCCUGACCAAGGAGAAAGUGAUCAUCGGAAUGACCAGCUGCGCAGUCCGUGAGGCUGACCCCAUCCCGGCCAGUCAGGAGCGCUGCUACCGGUGCCUCGGGAGAGGCUACCGAAGGAAUGGAUGCAAUGGGCCGGACCGCUCCGAAUGCUGCCUGCGGUGCGGCAGCAAGGACCACCGGCGGAACAGCUGCACGGCCGAAGCCCCUAGCAACAUGCGGCAUUGUCAGCUGGUCCAGCAACUCCUGGCCCAGGUGACACGCGAAAAAGGCCACGAUACAGAAGUGGUGCUCAUCACGGAGCUGUAUAAGUUGCCCACCGAUAGCAACUUCUGGUUGAUUGAUUGUAAGAAGACGGUAGCCAUCUUCUCCAGCGGUCAGUACUCCAUACAGCCACUCUGCAGCAACACCGAGGGAAUAGUCGUCGCCGAGAUCAGGGGCAUAGUGUCGCGGUUUCUGUCGACAUCGUGUGAUACCAAAAAUGUAGCACAGCGGACAAUUAACAAGUUAUUGAUUGCCAAUCGUGGGGAAAUUGCUUGCAGAGUUAUGCGAACUGCGAACCGUCUCGGGAUACGAACGGUCGCCGUAUUUUCGGAUGCAGAUGCAAAGUCACUCCACGUACAAAUGGCAAAUGAAGCGUUCAACAUAGGUCCAGCACCGUCACAGCAAUCCUAUCUUAAAGGCGAAACUAUUCUGGAUGUAGCGAGGAAAGCAGGGUGCCAAGCAAUUCAUCCGGGUUACGGAUUUUUGUCUGAGAAUGUAGAGUUUGCGGAACUUUGUCACAAGGAGGGCGUGACUUUUAUCGGUCCGCCAGCUACAGCGAUUCGCGAUAUGGGUAUCAAAAGUACAUCGAAGCACAUAAUGUCUUCUGCCGGUGUACCCAUCAUUAACGGGUAUCAUGGGGAAGAUCAGUCGGAUGAGCGACUCGUGAACGAAGCCCAGAAGAUUGGCUUUCCGCUGAUGAUUAAGGCUGUUCGUGGUGGAGGUGGCAAAGGCAUGCGGAUAGCCGAAACGGAGGCCGAUUUUCUUCCAAUGCUUCAAUCUGCCCGAACCGAAUCGGAGAAAGCGUUUGGUGACACAGCAAUGCUGCUGGAGCGUUAUGUUAGAUCGCCAAGACACGUCGAAGUACAAGUGUUUGCCGAUCAUUACGGUAAUGCGGUGUAUUUAUACGAGCGCGAUUGUUCUGUGCAGCGUCGUCAUCAGAAGAUUAUCGAAGAAGCACCAGCUCCUGGUCUGUCGGAAGAAUUACGUGUCCAACUUGGUGAGGCAGCGGUUCGAGCGGCGAAAGCAGUGAACUAUGUGGGGGCCGGUACAGUCGAAUUUAUUUUAGACAAAAAAGAUCUAUCUUUUCACUUCAUGGAGAUGAACACACGGCUUCAGGUGGAGCAUCCAAUCACUGAGAUGAUUACUGGUACGGACUUGGUGGAAUGGCAAAUUAAAGUGGCAUCAGGUGAACCGCUACCAUUAACGCAGGCAGAGAUUCAGAAAAGGGGCCACGCAUUUGAGGCUCGUAUCUAUGCAGAAGAUCCUGAUGUAGGUUUUCUGCCUGGUGCAGGACCCUUAAACUACCUCGCGACACCCGAGCCAUCCUCCACUACCCGCGUCGAGACAGGUGUACGGCAAGGGGAUGAAGUUUCUGUUCAUUAUGACCCGAUGAUUGCGAAGCUAGUUGUUUGGGGUGAAAGUAGAGCAAGCAGCCUUCAGUUGCUGAUCGAACAGCUGACUAAAUUUCAAAUAGCUGGUUUACAGACCAAUAUAAAUUUCCUCAUAAAUCUUGCUAGACACGAUCACUUCCAUAAGGCAGAUGUUCACACAGGCUUCAUUGAACAGCAUAUAGACACACUUUUCCCCGAGAAGACACUAUCGACGAAUAAGGUUGUGCAAAUGGCACUGACUCAAAUACUGAACGAACGAGCUCAAUCCGCUGGAAGCAGGCCAGGUAACGUAACUCGUGGGCCGUUUGAUACGGAAUUUAAUUUUAGGCCUAACUACCAAGUGGUACGGGUGGUUAAGCUGAGGGUGGCAAAAAAGGAUUACACGGUGGAGAUUCAAAUGCUCGAUGAAACAUGCAGCGUUCGAGUUAAUGGUGGAAACUGGUUGAAUGUAUCAGUCCGUCGCAAGCCUUCUGAUAGUCGUUUUCUGUUAGAAACAAAUAUCGAUGGGCAUAUCUCUCACUUCAACAGUGUGGUAUCUGGAGAGAACGUAGCACUGUUUGAUGAGAAUGGAAUGAUUGACGGGACAAUUAUGCAGCCUCGGUUUUUGAUAGCGGAAAGUUCCUUGAGCAACGUCGAUGCGUCCAGCGUAACUGCACCAAUGCCGGGUAUACUUGAUAGAGUGUUGGUGAAGCCGGGUGAAUUGGUCAAAAGUGGAACACCGGUUGCAGUGCUGAUAGCAAUGAAAAUGGAGCAUGUUUUGAAGGCCGCAAAGGAUGGCGUCGUUAAAGCAAUACCCAAUGGAGAAGGUAGCACCGUGAAAAAGGGUGCUGUUUUGAUAUCUUUCGAAUGAUAAGAAAAACAUGUGGUCAAUUUUGCAUUUGUUAGGACAUGAAAUGUUUGAAUAAUCUUAUGUACAUGUUUCUUAAAAGGAUCACUUGCAUUUAUGAAUACAUAAACGGUCAUUCCCCGUUCAGUGCCCACGUUGAUAAAGUAGUGCGCAAAGCUCGUCGUUGUCACGCGAGCCUGGGUUUUAUUCCCAAGACCGGUGUGACAGGAGGGUUGGAGCGGGGCCAACAACUCUUCUCGUGAAAACACAAGGCUAGAAUAGCAACAGAGAUUAACAUUGUCUGUUGCAGACCAAAACCGCUCGGCGGUUGCAAUGACCGGAUAAAAAGAAGAAUCAUUUAUCACGGCAGAGGUGACAAGAAACGAUCGUAUGCAUUUAUUAGUAUGUAAAGCGUCAAACGCUAAGAAAAUAGAAAGUUUGGAAUGAAUCAUCAUUUCUUAUAAGAAUAUGUUUCCUACAUCCAUUACACAUGCAUUGCAUGGCACUAGCAUUAAAAUUGCAUGGAGCACGAGCAUUAAAUUGUGACAUUCCAUUUAACUGAAAUCAUGAUACUUUGAUAAUAAAACAGUUGUGUUA